AUGCCCGUUGCAGCGUUACGAGAGCGCCCGAGGCAACGUGUCCCGGUUCAUCAACGCAUCAAGUCCAUCCGAAAUCGUGUUUACAAGCGGAGCCACGGAAUCUAUAAACCUAGUCGCAGGCAGCUGGUGGUUGGUGGAGACGCUGCAUGUGCCACAUUUCGUUGCAGUCGCGAUAACGUAGGACCCGGCGACGUGAUACUGUUGCCAUUGUCCGAGCACAACAGCAACAUCAUUCCAUGGCAGUUACAUGCUGAGGAUAGCGGUUGCCGCGUCAAUUUUGUCAAGCUUACGGAAGACGGUUCAGUCGACUUGGACGACUACACUCGCUUGCUAGAUCAAGGCAACGUAAAGCUAGUGUCAUUGGCCCAUGCGUCAAACGUGAUCGGUCGUGUGCAAGACCUCUCCACAAUCGUCAAGUUGGCCCAUGCACACGGGGCGAAGGUGCUGGUUGACGCCUGCCAGACACUCGGCCACAUUCCGAUAGACGUAUCAUCGAUAGGAUGCGACUUCUUAGUGGGUUCUGCCCACAAGAUGUACGGGCCCACCGGAGUGGGAUUCCUUUAUGCCAAACGUUCGAUCCUAGAUUCCAUGCGGCCUUUUAAGGGCGGCGGUGGCAUGGUGAAGAACGUAACUACUACUUGGUUUGAACUCGAGGACAUACCGCACCGGUUCGAGUCGGGGACACCCCAGCUGGCGCAGGUGAUUGGUUUCUCCGCCGCAAUAGACUUCGUGCGCGGCAUUGGGUUGUCAAAGAUUGCCGAACACGAACGCGAACUGCUGAGCUACCUGCGUGACCAGCUAUGCAAAGUCGCUACUGUCUACAGCCCGCCUCUGGAUCCAAAUUCGGAUGAACACUGCCCGAUCGUAUCAUUCAACGUAGAAGGAGUGAGCGCUUUCGACGUAGCUGCAUUGCUGGCAACACACAAUAUCGCUGUAAGGGCUGGGCAGCAUUGCGCUCACAUCCUGCACCGUGAUUACCUCAAGGUUGAACACAGCCUGCGGGCAUCAUUGGCUCUUUACAACAGCCGUGCGGAGAUUGACGAGUUCGUCCGAACUGGCGGCGACUCUAUCCUGCGGGUUAACCCGCGCCUGGUUCCGAGCAAGCAGCUGGGAAAGACCUUGCUGCGCAUUGGCACGCUGGGCAUGGAUCGCGCCAAGUUGGAACGCAUACUGCUCACUUGCGCGACCCAGAUGGGACAAGCGUUGGACGACGUCAACUUGACCACGUGUCUGUCCUUGAUGGUGAGACUGCAGAUAUCUAAUCCGCAGUGCCUGGAGAGCCUAGUGCCGUACUGCUACCGCAUCUCCGAUCUGGAGCGUGCCAUAGCUUGUUGUCAUCUGAUCGGCAUGGUGCCAGGCAGUCGUGACUCGCCUAGCGCUCGGGUGUUCGUCGUACACGUCUCGCAGCGUGUCCCUCUGGAAGGCCACUCGCUGCUAUUGCGCGACUUGGGGCGCCUAUGCGAGUCUUUGCGUGUUCUGGACCUAUACUGUGAGGAUUUGGGCGAAUUCCUUGCCUCCGUGAUUGAAGAUGAGCUAGUUCAUUCCAAGUCCAGCGACGACAUGGUUUUCAUUACGUCUGUCCUUGGUUACUUGGGUCGAAUGGGCAUAGGCAGCGUGUCCCUGUGGCGGUUGUUCAGCCGUUAUACAGCUGCGGAGGGUUUGCACAGCAACCCGAGGGUAUUGCUGAAGGCACUGGAGUCCUUUUGCGACCGCCGCAUCAAGCAGCCAUCGCUGCUAAACCAAGCUGGAGACGCACUGGCAUAUGCGCUGGACUCGCUACGCCCCUCUGAAGUCGCCCGUGUUGCGGAUGUUUAUUCGAGACUCGGAUUUUACCACAAAAGGCUAGCGGAGGCGCUUAUUCUUGGGGCGGAGCGCGUGAUUCCGUUCCUGGAUGCCAGCGAUUCGGUGAAGUUGUUGAGAACCUUCUUACAGGCGUACUCGCAGCCAGGCACAUAUGCCGCGAUCACCCAGGACCCUGCCCUAUCGCAUCGCCACCGCAGGGCCCUGUACCUGACGUUCAAUCGGUGUACCACAGGGUUGAACAAUGUGAGCAAGGUGGACCUCCUGGUAAUCACCAGCGCAAUGCAACUGUUGCCAAUCACUCCGCCAGCGUCGUUGCAGAAUUCUAUUCGACGACUGCUGGUCCGUGCGACUGGUUCCUAUGUGGAACCUUGCGCAGCGCUUGCCACCUUUGCGAAAGCCGGAAUCCAGCAAUCGCUGCCAUCGGAGGCGUCGUUGGAGCAUGCCGCAACUCCGGACUCGAAUCCACGUCACGUGCGGUACAAUUCCAAGCAGCUGGCUGUCAUGGCUCUUGCCGCCGCGCGCCGGCGCCGAUUGCAGCUAAACAGCUCCGAUGCAGUGUUAAUUUCGCGUAUGAUCGAGCCGGAGGCACCAAGUCACAUCUGA